UUAUCUUGCCUUUGGCUUCCUGCCUGCUGCCACAGCCGUGCUGUGCGUAGGCAUGUUUACAUUUCCCCCGGCUGGGGCUCGCGGGGCCGUAUAAAGGCGCGGCGCGGGGCGCACGCAGCCCCAGUGCCCGCACGCAGCGCGCUCAGGAUGGCACAGCCCGGGGCCGUGCUGGGCAUCUUCGCCGUGUUCCUUCACACCGCCUUUGGGGAAAGUGGUUGCACCUCAGCAGACGGUGAUGGGACUCUCGGGGAUGAUGAACCAGACAAUUUUGACAUUGACUGCUUCAGUCAGCUGGAAAUUAAGGACUCCUUUAGCAGCCUGACCUGCAAUUUCACUGAGCUGCCUCCUUACAACACUAACUACACCCUGUCUCUGUGUACCAAGGAAGACAACAAUUAUGCCUGCUCCAACAUGAAGAAACAGGAAGAUGUUUUCUUCUUACAGUUUAAUGAUAUACUCUCAAACAGAGAAGUUUGCAUGUACUCUGAGAUGAAGAGAAGGGCCUGCAGGAGUCUGGUUGUAACUGACAUUGUGAAGCCAGAAGUACCAUUUGCUAUAAAUAUCACAUAUGAAAGGGAGGCAAAUGAAUAUCUUAUUCGUUACUGUACACCACACUCAAGGAAAAAAUACUUAAAGGACAAAUUAAUACACGAAGUAGCCUAUCGGCAGAAAGAACACACUUGGAAGAUAAUAGAGUCACAAUACCUUCAGAUAAAACUGCUGGGGCAAAAUCUUGAAAAUGAAGUAUUGUAUGAGGUGAAAGUACGUUCUAAGCCAAAUGGAGAUUAUUUUAAGGGCACAUGGAGUGAAUGGAGCACUUCCAAGAGCUUCAAGACAGCAAGAGAGCAUCAUUCCACAGAAAGCUAUAGCAGUGUGGUCAUGGUCAUAUUCUCCAUCGUGGGAUUCAUGCUGUCCGUUGGUAUGAUUGCACUAAUGGUAGUUUUUUGGGAAAACAGGAUCAAGCCUGCUGUAUGGCCAAACCUUCCUGACCAUAAAAAAACGCUGGAGCAACUAUGCAAGAAGCCAAAAAACAAUUUUGAUAUAAGCUUUAACCCAGAGAGUUUUGGUUAUGUUCAUAUCCAUAAAGUGGAUGGCCUUUGGGCAAAAUGUGAGCUGGAAAAUUUUCUGCAACCAUCAAUUGCUCCAGAGACAAGCCUUCCAGAAAAAUUCAGGAGUGGAUCGGACCUGAAGAUGAUCCCUGUGAUGGCAGACAAAAACAACCUAAACCUGCCAAUGUCUGACAGAGGAGUCUGGCCAGCCGGAGCCCUGCACAGGCUCCUGAGCACCAGCCACUGCAGCUGCAGCUCCGGCACGUACGAGGUUUGCCACGGCAACAGGGUGCCCCUGCACAACAAUAGUUUCAACCUUUCCUCCACUUGUUCCCUGGAUCCUUCUGGCCAGCCCCAUCCAGAGCCCCUAAAUGAUGACACCAUAUCCCAGAUGCUGCCUAACAGAGACAUGAGAUCACCAAACAAUGAGGAAGCCUAUGUCACAAUGUCCAACUUCUACAAAAUUCAGUAAAUCUCACAUGAAUUACAGCAUGCAUUUUUUUUUCUCUACCACAAGCAGGAUGCUGAAGCUUUUUGGUUUUGUUUUCCUGUAUCCUGUGAGUUCCCACCUCGCUCACGCACUCUGCUCACGGUGCAAUGCUACACCUGCCGGGAAGUGGGUUCUCCUGCACCCCUGUGAGAAGCAGCCUAUCUCAGCAUUCAGUAUGCUGCUAGCAGUCUUCACUGAUGCAGAAAUUAAAUGUAAUUCAACCUGAUUUUGAUCUUCAAAUCUGAUUAAUCCAGCGCAGCGAAAAUGCAGUCCCAGCUAUGGAUCACAGCAUGUCUUACAGAAAUUAAUGAAGUCUUUUGUUACCCUCUUGGUUACAGAGUUAAGCUUAUAUUAAUGCCUUAGCAAGAAAUAUGGCAAUAAAUAGCUUUUAAAUAGAAUCCAAUCUCUUUUAAAUACUGGUGGUCAAGACUUAUUCCCCCCCAGUCAAUCAAAAGACAGUAAAAAAACCAAACAGACAGAAAAUUAGAGUUGAUAUCAAGUAUUAGUCGCCUGGGGAUUCAGCAGCUUCAACACCACAAUGAGAGCUGAGUGCCCAGCAAAAAUGUUAAAUGGGCCCACCUAAGGGAGAUGUUUCCUGAGAUGGAUUUAGGUUUUGGUGGAGUUUAUUGUUGUUGUUUUGGGUAGUUUUGUUGUUGUUGUUGUUCUGUGUUUUUGGUUUUUUUGUUGGUUGGUUUUGGUUUUGGUUUUGGUUGUUUUGUUUCGUUUUUUCUUUUGACGCAAAUUAAAACAAAGAAAACCCAUUACUUUGUGCUAUUGGCAAAGAUCUGCCAUUAAGCUAAUUACAGGAUCCACAGAUCCUGUAAUUCUAAUUCUUCUUCUUCUAAUACUUUUGAGGUCUUCAACAUUUCAUGUACUAACUAGGCAAAGCAAAGUCCUUUCUCUUCCUGGAAGUCUGUAAAUUCCAUGAUGCUAUCCUUUUCUGCAGCUUUCAUGCAAUUAUUAGUGUAGCAUCCCAGAGUGCUUUCCAUUCCAGAGGCUGGGCUGACCACGUUUGUUUACUAGCAUUAUUCACAAUGGCUGUGACUACACACAAAUACUAUGAAUUUGAACAGACAAUGUUCUCAUGCAGCAUUCAACAUAGGAAGAUGGAGGGAAUGUCAUGGAUCCUACCAGUGGUCACAAGAUCUGAGUUUUUUAAAAUAACUUAUAGUUUACCAGGAGAUGUUUUUUGUUUGUUGGGGGUUUUUUGUGGGUUUUGGGGUUUUUUUGCAUUGUGGCUUUUUUUCUUUAUAGUAUUACAUUUAUAGGUUUUUUUACAUUAUGGCUGAGCCACUUCACAGUCCUCCUUGGAUGCUGCGUAUUCUGGAGCACACACUUGGAGAUAAAGCUGCUACAGCCACAUGGUUGCAUGACAGCAAAACGGUGUGGCCAUGGGACAUCCAAGCUGCUUUCUUGCACUCUCAACUUGGGGUUCACCUCGUUGUGCAGUCUCAUCUCCUCUAGCUCUUUUAAAUUCUCCUUUACCUGGUUGUAACCACAUUCCCAGAGUCUAAGGGUGAAAAGAGUACUCCCUUAUCCUCAGAGGAUGAGAUGCUCAGAUUUGUUCUGACUGGUAAUGGUCACGAAGAUGUUGCAAAACCUCAGCUGCUUCCAUCUGCCUCUGCCAAGACAGCUUAGUGCCACCAGAGCAGCAGAAUGAAUCAGAUCACUGAACAUCUCUUGUGGCCUUGUUUCAAGAAUAUAUGGCAGAGAGUGGGGCUUGCAUUAAACUCAGUUGUUUGAAUCAGAAUCUAAUGCUGCAGGAAACAGUACAAGCCAAACAGCAAUUCUGGACCACAUCAAGCCAAAACCAGCCUUCCCAAGACAGCACUCUACUUCUUCCACCUCCAACCAGCACCACGGAAACUUUCAAGUGGGGAGAACUUAACAGCUACUGUGUGCAAAGGGGCCUCAGAUUUGGCUCACGACAUUCCAGUGACAUUUUACAGAAUGGUUUUUAUUGCUGUUCACCACCAAAUGAAGCAUUAAUUGAUGCAGAAGAAAAAGACCAAAGCCCUGGGCAUUAAUUUGCUUUAUAGCGCUUGUAUUUCCUUUGAAAAAUGAGCUGCUGAUAAAGCUUAUACUGUGAGAACUUGCACAGUGUGACUGUAGAUACAGACAGACUAUACUGGAAUGAUGCCUUCUUCCAGUGACACAGCAACAAAGAAAAAGGGGAUAGAAGAAGAAGCAAAAGCACAUCAGGAAAAUCCUCUGCAGUAUGUGCUAUGGUACCUUCAAUUUUUGUAAUUCUGUAACAUUUGUUGGAUGUACGCAGAUAUAACCACUUUUGUUUUGCAAAAAAAAAAUAAAAAUAAAUAAAGCCAAAUAUGCACCAAAGCCAAAAA